AAAUGUUUGGUCCUGAAGAGCCUAGCUGUGAGCUCGAAGUAAUCAAAGAAGUAGGCGACCAGGCUUGUCAGUUUGUGCAGAAGUAUUGCGAGCACGAGUCGUUGUUUAACUUCUUCUCGGUUCAUUAUUGCCAGUUUGAAGGUGCAAGCUACAUCACUAUCCCGGUAUAUCUGUUCAUCAUCUUUUUGUGAUUUUACAUUGUUGGAACUACUGCAGAGGGUUUUCUCUCUCCAGCACUUGAAAAAGUUGCAGAGAAGCUAGGAAUGUCAGAAUCCUUAGCAGGAGUUACCCUCCUCGCUAUGGGGAAUGGAGCACCUGAUGUCUUGACUUCGGUAUCUGCAGCUGGAAGUGAGCAUACUGGAAUGUUCUUUUCAGUAGGGUCCUUAUCUGGGUCAGGCCUCUUCGUCACAGGAGUGGUCACUGCAAUGUGCAUAAUCUUCUCACCAGAGGUGAUUAAAGUACCUGGUUCCAGCAUCCUCAGAGAUGUAUGUUUCUAUAUGUUAGCGCUAAUAACUGUUCUGAUCGGGUCAAUAGUGGGAGAACUCAACUUAUACUUCGCCGUAGCGUUCUUUUGCAUAUAUCUUUCCUACGUUGUCGUAGUCAUCAUAAUGGACAAGCAUGAAAGAAAGCACCAGGAUUUGAGCAACAAAGAGAGGGGAAAUGAUGCUCAGCUCAAGAAAGUUACCUCAAUUAACCAAGAUAAAGAAUCCUUGAUGAGCUCAGAUGAGGAAGAUGAUGACGAAAACUACUUUUAUGGAAAAUCAGCAUCUCAAAAUGUAGGCUCUCUUGGAAAACGUUUGAUUAAAAGGGACGAUAAGAAUAGAAAAGCUCAGACUCAGGACUCAUCUGGUGACCAAGAGCAGAACAAUGGAUCUGGUGAGGAAUGGUCAAUGGUCCUUGAAGAGCAAGAUGCUUCAGAACAAGAGCAAUACCAUGAGCAGAGCCAUCAGCGUCAUCAUCCCCAUAUAGAAACAGGUCAACGUGGCAAACGAAAACUCACGAAUCAAAGUUUUGUAAGAAGGAUGAAUAUAAAAGAUGAGCAUGAAAGACCUCUUGUCCUUUCUCCAAAAUUAAGAGCUAAGAAAAUAUUGAAGGAAGCAAGCCCAGAUGCAAACAAGGUAGAGAAAAUGAAUAUUUUCAAAAGGUUGAUCCAUUACAUACUAAAAACUCCUUUAAAUUUCUUAAGAAGAAUUACAAUUCCACCUUCAGAUAAUGAUUCAUGGGAUAGAAGGUACGCUUCGGUGGUUCCUAUCUUCUCAUGCUUCUUUAUUUUUGUAAUGACAGGUAUGAUUGACUUCAAGAGCAUGCCCCACUUCUCCUUCUGGAUCUGUCUUGGGGUUGCCUGUGUCCUCUCUCUUAUAAUCUGGCUUACAACACCGUACAAGGAAGAACCGAAAAGAGCUAUUAUCAUUUUCGCAGUAGCAGCCUUUUUCCUAUCAAUUCUGUGGAUGUGGUCAGCAGUCAAUAUCCUUGUAGAUUUACUCGGAGUCUUAGGCCUUCUAUUGGGAUUCAACCCAGCUUUUCUUGGAAUGACUCUUCUUGCAUGGGGGAAUUCAUUUGGAGAAGUGAUGGCGAACUCAACAUUUGCAAGAAGAGGAUUGGGAAGAAUGGCUUUCACAGCAUGCUUUGCAGCUCCUCUCUUUGACUUCCUUAUCGGCCUUGGGCUUAGCCUGACUAUAAAGAAGAUUAGAGGAAUCCCACCUUCAAGGUUUGUGAUCACUGAUACCGAAGCGCAUAUUCCCUUAAUGGCUAUUGGAGGCCUGAUGUUGCAGUUCAUAAUAAUCCUAAUAAUGUCAACGGUCAACAAGUUCCAUCUGAAGAGGUGGCAAGGAUAUGUUCAAAUUGGCUAUUUCGCUCUGUUGCUGACCAUUGUUUCGAUUGGAGCAUUCACUUUUGCAAAAUAAUUAGUAGUGUAAAUAUCUCAGUCAAUA